AUGGAGGCAGCCCUAGACAUCACAGUAUUGGACGCGCUGUUGGAUUUGACUGGUAUGCCUUGCUCCACUGACUCUGAGAGUGCCUCGUCCGACCAAGAACAUUCGUCUCCACACCGUACGAAAGACGGCAGUCGCCAUCACCGCUCCCGUGGAGCCCCCAUUGCGUGUCAAGUGUCUGGAUGUGGAAGGCGCGCAAGACGAGGAAACUGCUGCUUGGGCCACGGAGGCGCCAAGGUGUGUAAAGCCGAAGGAUGCGGAAAUGCUGCCCAGACGCACGGGCUAUGCAAGUCCCAUGGCGGCGGUGCCAGAUGUACCAAGCCCGGAUGCGAUAAAAGUAGCCAAGGCCAAGGACUGUGUCGCACCCACGGGGGUGGUAAACGGUGCAGCCAUCAAGGGUGCACGAAAGGCGUCCAACGAGGGAGCAAAUGCGCGACGCACGGCCGAAUCCGAGUGUGCAGUGCCGAAGGAUGCGGCCGGAUGGACCGAGGCGGCGGCAUGUGUGAUGGCCAUAGAAAAGCGCGAGAAUGCAAAGCCGGUGAUUGCAAGCGGUUGAGCCAUGCCACGAAUCUGUGCAAGUUGCACUUGCGUCGACAGGAACGAGUUUACGUUGGCGUCAUCAUGCUUGAAAUCGCGGAAAGUGCCACGAGUCUAUCUAUACCGUACUAA